AAACCACUUCAAAUACUCUUUCGUCCAGUUGUACUCGUCUUCAUUCCCCUUUCACGGGCAGUUUGUGUCCACUCGGCAGCACAAUUUCAUUGUUUGACCUUUGAAGCGCCUUAGGAUACCCUCAAAAGCCCUGAUUCAAACCCAGUGCAUCACCCAUUUCAUGGACAUAUAAACCACAUUUUUGGGCAGAGAGCCGGUAAGCCCUCACGGCGGCCUCAAUAUCAUCUCCUCAAGCAUUUACUUCGCGCUCGGAGACAUACCCAGACGUUGACGGUAUCCCAACAUGUCGGGGGCAACUCGAAAUGGACGCCCUAGGAAAGCUUCCACAACGACUGCUCCCAAUCCUCUCGCUAUUCCUGCAACGCCAACUGUUGAAACUGCCUCGACUGGCGGAGCAGGGAUGAGUAUGCCGGCUCCAGGAACUUCAGCCACGGGCCCAGUCACUCAGGCAGAUUGCGAGCAUCUUGCUGCUCAAUUAUUAGAUCCCUCCAUAGUGAUUAAGCGAAAAGCAGAUAUUGCAUCUGAGCUUCGGGAUUCUGCAGAGAGCAAUAGAGAUUAUGCGUUCUACGAGAAGUAUCUCGCAGUCUUCAUCCCAUGCGUUAUUACCAUCCUCGGAGAAGAAAAAUCAGUCGUGUUCGUCAAAGAAUCUACUGAUCAGCGCUUCCGACAUACCCUCCUAGCUUUCAUCCAACGCUUACCGCGAACAGAGCCAUUCCGUCAACAUGAGAGUGCCGUCAUGGAGCUCAUGGUCAAGCUAAUGAAGGUUGAAAAUGAGGAGAAUGCCUUGAUCUGCAUAAAAGUCAUGAUCGACGGUUUCCGCAAUCACAAGGAGCAAGCUGAGCCAUUUGUUGAACCAUUCUUGGAACUCGUCAAGCAAAUGUACGCCAAUACAAAGAGCGUUGUCGACAGAGAAUUCAACACACCAAAGGCAGCGAACGCUGGCGGUCCGACUCCUUCCCCUGCCCCGCCUACACCAGCGAGUGGCGAAUCAGGCGCGCAGGCUCAACCAACCCCCACUCAACCCUCGGCCGGCCACAAUCUUCUGUCCCGCGCAUUACAGUCCCCCAAGGUGCUGACAGAAUGUCCGAUCGCCGUCGUUCUCAUCUUCCAGACUUUCCGCCCUGUUAUGCAACAAGCGAUGCUCGACUUCUACCCGCUCGUCAUGGAGAGUAUCAAAAUCCAGCCUGAACCUCAGCGUCUAGCUCAUGCAGAAGCUGCUGAGAAAGGAGAGAUCUUUGUCGGCGUCGCAAAUGGCAUCACCAACCGGGAGGUGUAUGCGGAGAUCAUCAAGGCGCAAGUCAAGACCAUGGCGUUCGUUGCGUACGUCAUGCGUGGGUCGCAAACCGCCACAAUCAAAGAGUACCUCGAAGUUUUCCCGGAGGCUUGCAUCAGAUUACUCUGCGAUUGCCCACCUGAAGACGUGGCCACUCGAAAGGAGCUCUUGGUGGCGACCAGGCAUAUCCUCACUGCCGAUUCUCGGUCCUCUUUUGUUCCUCAUAUCGACACUUUGCUGGAAGAAAAGGUCCUCGUCGGGACUGGAAUCACCAGCCGCGAAACUUUGCGCCCUCUCGCCUAUUCUGUCGUUGCAGAUCUCAUCCACCAUGUCCGGAACGAAUUACCACUCACACAGCUGGCGCGUGUCGUCUACGUCUUCUCUUGCAAUCUCAACGACCCUACUUUCACUCCCGCAAUCCAGACAAUGUGCGCCAAGCUUCUCAACACGGUCAUCGAGUCGAUAUACAGUAAAGGCGAUGCGCAAGAGGCCAAUCGACUCAUGCAGAGCAUGUUUUUCAGCUCGUUGGAUAAGCUCAUCGCCAUGACGCAAACGUAUGACCGUCUGAAAGAUCUAGCGGAGAGGGACAAGGGCAAGGGCAAGGCAAAAGACGACAGCGGCGGAGAAGACAAGACUGCUUCAGCUCCCGAUGGGGAUGUCGAAAUGGAUGAUGCAGAUGCAGAGAAACAGAAGCAACGGGAGGAGGAGAAACAGGCCGACAGGAUGCAGCAUGGCUGGAGGGAGAUUGAGCAGGCUAUGCCUGUAUAUGCAGUGGCAUAUGCGGAAGAAUCUCACGAGUCUUUCUGCAGGGAGGCUAGAUAUCUCUUCAAAACGUUGCUGCACACUUUCCGGUCGAUUCUGACCUAUACCCGCCAGAGCGAUGUACCAUCUGCUCAGCCUGACGGGGAAAUGCUCGGUAAAUUCUUCGAACACGGUCUCCGGUGCCUGGCCAUCUAUGAGGGCAAUCGAGAUCCGAGAGAACCGAAAGAGGCCAUCGAACUCUUAUCACAAAUCUUGCUGCUGUUCGAACCUCAUGUCUUCUCUGAAGUAUGGAUGAACCACAUGGAUUUCUUUGUCGAGCACUCUAUCACCAAUCCUCAGAUUUUCCCCGUCCUCCAGAUGCUCAUCACGCACGAAUCAGUCUCCCAUCAACUGGUCGGAACUUUGCUCAAAUACCUCAUGUCUCAUCUCGCAGAGGUCGGAGAUUGCGACAAGACGCGUGCAGCGUUGACCUUGCGAUUAUUCAAAAUGUCUUUCCUCGCUAUCAACACGCACAUUGGGACGAAUGAGGUGGUGCUCGUUCCGCAUCUCCAGAAGCUCAUCAUGGACUCUUUCGGAUACGCCGCCAAAGCAACGGAUUCUGCCAUCUACUACCAGAUUCUUCGAGCACUAUUCCGUUCUAUCGGAGGAGGACGCUUCGAAGCUUUGUACAAAGAAGUCUUGCCGAUCCUCCAGGAGAUGCUUGACACGCUCGCUCACCUGCUCCAUCAUGCUUCGACAGAGGCCGAUCGAGACCUCUUUGUGGAGCUCACUUUGACCGUCCCCGUUCGUCUCACCAACUUGCUACCGCAUCUCAGCUAUCUGAUGAAACCACUGGUUCAUGCUCUCCAAGCGGGUCCUGAUCUCAUCAGUCAAGGUUUGCGUACGCUCGAAUUAUGUAUCGACAACUUGACGGCCGAUUUCUUGGAUCCCACAAUGGGUCCUGUCCUCCGAGAUCUCAUGACGGCCCUGCAUCAGCUAUUGAAACCCAUCCCGGCGAAUCGCAGUCACGCCAAUGCAGCUGUUAAGAUUCUCGGCAAGCUUGGUGGACGUAAUCGUCGAUUCCAAGAGGUUGAUCUAGAACUCGACUGGAAGAGACUCGAUUCAAACCUUUCUUGUCAUGUAACGCUGGAGGGUAAAACACACCGAAUGCCUCUGAAUUCGUUGGUCAAAACUGCUAGUGAUGCGAUUCAGAAGGACAACGAGAACUAUAGGGAAGACGCUCUUCAGGUCGUCAUAUUGUCCGCCCUGUCCGCUUUCCAAGACGAUCUGCCCAAUCUCGAGGGAAACACCACAUUCCAUACCUCCAUGUCCGCGCUAUUCACCGCUUGCUGUCUUCCUUCACUGGCUGAUCGCGCUACCGAUUUCGUGCGAAGCUUUUGUCGCAGGGUCUUCGCCAUUGAGCUAUCACGGGCGGAGCCCCAAAAGGUUGAAGGUGCGAAGUACAUACCAGACAUUGGAAGAAGCAAGCGGCACCUGCCGCUCACGACGGCGUUGGAGGAGAGUUUUGUCUCCACCCUGUCGGAAUCCAGCGGGGAUGUACGAGAGGGCUUGAAGAAACUCUUGGCGACGAUCAUUUCAGACUUCAAGGAACUGGCUGCAACGCCAGAGCUAGUCAGCAAGCCUGAACAUGCUCGCUCUGUCGACAGAAUGGUGUAUCAUAUCGCCCAGCGAUUCAGCAACCUCUGCCACGAGGAAGAUUGGUCUCGGAAGAUGGCAGGAGUCGCUGCGAUUGACGUGUUUGUCAACAAGGUCGAUGUCGGUCGCAAGCUCUUGCUCGAGCUCGAAAUCGAAUUCAUGCGGUCUCUUCUCUUCUGUUUGCGAGAUGCACCCAAGGAUCCGCCGCGGACAUCCAAAGCGGUGCAGACAUUAAUGGAGGAGUUAAUCAGCAAUUGUCAAGGAUCUGAAGAUGGAAAGAAUCGUCUGCAGCGAUUAACCGAAACUUUGGUUGUCGAGCUGCACAGUCAGAGCGGGUUAUCACGGACUGCUGCCCAGUACUGUCUCACUCACCUCGCCAAGGUGGUCGGCCAGACAGUCACAGAACUCUUAGCCCCUGCUGCAAAAGCCAAAUUGCUGGACGUGUCCGCCGGACCGAUCUUCUCCAAGCCCCUUCGAGCCCUUCCAUUCCCCAUGCAAGUCGGGAACAUCGAUGCAAUGACCUGGCUGUUGGAGCUUCAGCCAGUGUUCAUCGAGACGACUGAGGAGUUUGUCCGAUUGUUGCACGAGGUUCUGGCUCUGGCAGACGUGGACGAUGCGAAUCUCAUAACCAAGCCAGCGACGCACAAGCAAGAGAUGUGGCUGAAGACUCUUCGCAUGUCGUGUCUCAGAUUCCUCAGGGCUACCAUGGCGAAUCCAGAGUAUCUGAACAAACCGAACCUUGCUGCGAGUCGAUCAAGGAUCAUCCAAGUCUACUUCAAACACGUCUACUCACCGAGUCCCGAAAUUGUCGAUAUCGCGCAUGAAGGUCUCAGAGACGUGCUCUCCCAGCAGAGCAAACUCCCAAAGGACGUUCUGCAAACUGGUCUUCGACCGAUCCUGGUCAAUCUCGCGGACGCCAAGCGGCUAAGUGUCUCCGGUUUAGACGGUCUGGCUCGUUUCUUGGAGCUUUUGACCAACUACUUCAAGGUUGAGAUCGGUGUCAAGCUGUUGGAUCACUUCCAGACAUUAGGCGAUCAGCAAAUGUUGGUCAAGGCGGCAUUCUCUCCGUUGGAUGACAACUCGGAUAUAUCGCGAAUGACCAGAUUGGUCAAGAUUUUCCGCUUGCUACCUGCUGCAGCUGUCAAAUUCCUGCAGGACCUGGUUCAGCGAGUCGUUGACGUCGAGGCGAGAUUGCAGCAAUCCAAGCCCGGACCUUUCACGGAAAAUCUCGCAAAAUACAUCGAUCGAUACCACACUGAAGGUGCACAGAAUCUUCUCGACAAUAUCCGGGAUCCGAGAUACAUAUGGACGUAUCGCAACAUGAUUGCUUCAGGUCAUGCCCCACACCUUGUUGAGACGUUGUCGUCCCGGGCAGACGAGAUCUGCCGAUUGUGCUUUCAAAAUCCCGAGGCGAUUGACUUGGUUCUGCCCGGGCUGGAUCUCAUUCGCGAACUGGCCAACACAUCUACGACUUGGCUGUCUGACCGCGAACCCGUCUUAGAAGCGCUCGUGGGCGUUUGGCGGUCGAUUUUGACCAAAUCGCGGCACACCAAAUCCGACAUGUCGAGUGUGCAGUAUCAACAGACUCCGACAUUACUACUUGACAUGUUCAUGAUGAGCUUGCGCCAACAACAGCAUAUCCCUCUUCUCUUCCAUGUUGUCGAAGCGUACGAGAUCCGUAGCUCCAUCGAGCGGCAGCAGGUCUCUUUCUUCCUAUACCAGCAAGUUGCGCUUCAGAGUGACGUCGAGUAUCGUCGAAAUGUGCUCGAGCAAUUCAUCCAGCUGUACGAGGACGAUGCGGUCACUUGGGCGUUUAAGACUAAUGCCUUGCGGACUAUCGUCAACCCUACGCUCCGGACCUACUUUGCCGAUCCCAACAAUGAUGGUUCGCUCGUCACGACGAAAAUGGUGCAAAAGAUCACUGAGCUAAUGUGGCAACCGCUGGCUGUAUCUCAACGAGCGAAGCAACAUGAGGACACUUUGCUGAUAGAAGUCUACGCGCUGGCGACUUUGCUCGUACAACACUGUGGAGCGAAAGUCAGUGACACGAGAAAAGAUGUCUUCAAAUUGGCUUGGAUGGGCAUCAACCUCCUCGAGCCGACUGUCAAGCUCAUGGCUUAUGUUCUGGUUGCUCAUUUCAUGGUCACUUACGACACUCCGCUCAAGUUUGUUCGUCUGACUUGGAUCGGUCUCUUGAGAUUGAAGGAGAAUGACAAUCGAGCCCUUUAUCGCCAGGCCAUCGACGUGCUCGCGCCAUCGCUGUCGAUACGAGAUCCGACUCCUCCGAACGUGAUCCCCGAAUGGGCGCAACGCGUUCGGACGGUGCUCAUUGAAGAUGGCCACGCCUCAGGGCAGCUAGUCACGGUGUGCGAAUUGCUGGUCAAUCAUCCGGAUCUGUUCUACGACUACCGAGAAUUAUACGUCCCACACGUCGCCAAUGCUCUCCAGAAGCUCGGAUUCGUUCAAGCGUCCACGCCCGAAAUGAAGCGAUUGACUGUGGAUGUAGCCGAACUGAUCUUCCGGUGGGAGAAGAGGCGUCUUGCGGCCAAAGAAGAGGCGAAGGAGGAAGCCAUGGAUGUGGAUAAGCCUGCGCGUCGGUUGAGAAACGAGUCGACUGAAUCGUCUCCAGUCAAGAAGCAGAGAAUCGACAGAGCGGGCACCGCGGUAUCCAGUGCAAGUGCUGGUGGAUGGGUAGCGUCAAGUCAAGUUCGCGAACUUGUCACAGCACAUUUGCUUCGACUGGUCGCCACUUCUUCGGAGCCGAUGACUCGCGGUAGUCUUGCGAAGAGGGCGUUGGAUCUCUUCAAAGAGAUUCUCGGACCAAAAGGUUUACCAAAUGUGAACGUUAAGCUUGGCUUUUUCAGUCGCACAAUGACACAGGAGAUCAACGAAAAUUCAAUCAACGUCGUUGCGAAUUCUACAGAAGUGGUCGCUGCUAUCGCAGCCGUCCGAGACCAAGCUUGGGUCAAGACCAAUCUCGGUCUUCUGACGAAGCUUCUGGAGAAAGUCUGGGUCUACGAAGAUACCGGACUUCAUGAGACUGUGCAAACUUUGACCGAGAACAUGUUCAAGGAAAUGCCUCAAGAUACUGAAGGCGAAGAUUCCGAUGGCAAGAACCUGCUCACGUUUGUCAGAGACACAAUCAACGACGGGCUCAAUGCCAGUCUCCGAUCGAGCUCUCAUCUGCCCGGAACCCUCUUUCUUCUCCGGACCUGGCUCAAGGCUCAGCCCGGCCAGCAAUUGCAAACCGAAACGAUUGGAACGGGCAUUUUGCGUGUCUUGGCCAACCUCGUCAAAGUUCACACCUCGAACGGACCUGAUCAGGCUCACCGUUUGAUCAUCGCCAUCCUCGACAUAGUUCGAGACCGACUCGGAGAGCUCAAGGAGCAGCGACGACAUCUCAUCUCCAUUCUUGGCACCCUCAUCGAUCGGUCGACCAACAUCACUUUGUGUCGCUACCUACUUGAUAUGGUCCGUCAAUGGGUGUUGAAUGAUCCUGAGCCUACCGGUCAGGGCAAGGAAAAGGCCGGCUUGCUCUUGAAGAUGGCAGCAUUUGAGAAUAGGGACAAUGGUCUCUUCCAAAAGUACCUGGACGUGAUAUACGACAUUUACGAGUCGGACUCGCUCCGUGGUACAGAUAUUACACACCGCCUCGAACCAGCUUUCCUGCUUGGCGCAAAAUCCAAAGAUCCAUCACAGCGUGCGCGAUUCCUCGACAAACUCGAGCAAUCGUUGCCACAAGCCCUGGACAGUCGCCUUCAGUACAUCUAUUCUCUUCAGAAUUGGGAUACCCUGUCGGGCGACUACUGGAUCCCGCAGAUCCUCAGUAUGUUGCUUGGCAUAGUGGACUACGAAGACACCUUCCUGCGAAAACCACUCUCCAAGCUGGUCGAGAACGAUGUCGUCGCCGCGCUUUCUGCCAAUUCGAGCGUUGGCGACCUCGUGCAGGCCGCUCGGAACCUCAUUCACCAAGAUACCAGUCUGGCGCACAAGCUCUGGGUGAUCGUUUUUCCUAUGUGCUGGUCCUCCCUUUCGAGAGCUCAACAGACUUCCUUCAAUGGCUACAUCGUCAAGCUGCUCUCCAAAGAGUAUCACUCCAAGCAGAUUGAGGCUCGACCCAACGUCAUUCAGACUUUCCUGGAAGGUAUUCUUCCCUGUACCCCCGCCGUUACCCUUCCUCCACUUCUCGUCAAGUAUCUCGCCAAGACCUUUGAUGUGUGGUACGUCGGCUUUGAAAUUCUCAUGAAGCUCAGCGAGGUGUACAAACCGGACAAUGCACUUCGGGACAGCUGUGCAGGCUCCUUGAGCGAGCUCUACGCCGAGCUAGCAGAGGACGACAUGUUUUACGGUUUGGCGAGAGGUCGAUGCGUAUUUCAGGAGACAACGGCUGCUCUGACUUACGAGCAAAAUGGAAUGUGGCCGAAAGCUAUCGAGCUAUACGAGCAAGCUCAGAUGAAGGCUCGCAAUGGCCUGCUACCAUUCUCAGAGGAAGAGUACUGCUUUUGGGAGGACCAUUGGAUACUGGCAGCUGAGAAGCUCCAGCAUUGGGAUGGAUUGACGGAGCUUGCUCGAGUGGAUGGUGAUGCGGAUCUCCUCUUGGAAUGUGCCUGGCGACUGUCCGAUUGGGGCGCUUUGGACCGCGAGAUGAUCGAAACCAACCUCAAUCGUGUGGCGGACAUUGCAACCCCUCGUCGGAAAACAUUCGAAGCAUUCUCGGCACUGUUGAAGGCUCAUCUUGCUCGGGAGCCACCGAACGACUUUGCCAGGAUCUUGGACGAAGCUCAACAGGUGACGCUACGAAAAUGGGUCAGCCUGCCAUCCGGCAACGUCACUGCCGCACAUUUGCCUCUCCUUCAGAUGUUCCAGCAAUGCGUCGAGUUGGGAGAGGCAGCACAAGUCUUUGACAGUUUGUCCAUGACCAAUCAGCAGAAUCUGGAAAUACGCGUCAAUUCUGAUCUGAAGACAGUUUUCCAAACUUGGCGAGACCGAUUGCCCAACUUCUGGGACGACAUCAUGGUCUGGAGCGACCUACUCGCUUGGCGUCAACACAUUUUCCAAUCUGUCACUAGAGUCUACGUACCGCUGAUUCCUCAAGGUGAAACGGCCACCUUUGGAUACAAGGGCUAUCACGAGACGGCUUGGAUGAUCAAUCGAUUUGGCGAAGUCGCUCGUCGUCACGGACUACUGGACGUCUGCAGUGUUUCGUUGAAUAAGAUCUACGCGCUUCCCAAUAUCGAGAUCUCCGAAGCCUUCCUCAAAUUGCGUGAGCAGGCGCUUUGCUUCUUCCACAAGGCAGACAAGUUCAACGAUGGUCUCGAGAACAUCAGUACAACGAAUCUCAUGUACUUUGCCCCCGCUCAAAAGGCCGAGUUCCUCACCCUCAAGGGCAUGUUCAUCAGUCGCCUCGGUCAGAAUGAAGAUGCCAACGCCGAGUUUGCCCACGCCAUUCAGAUGGACAUGAACUUGCCCAAAGCAUGGGCAGAAUGGGGCAGAUUCAACGACAAGCUGUACAGUGAACGACCCGAGGUCAGCCCGACUGGACCUCCCGACCCAAAGCCAGGCGAGAUGAAGAUGACGGACGAACAAUGGGCCACCUCUUAUGCUCAUGAUCGCGCUGUAUUGGCUUCAAGCGCCGUCUCUUGCUACUUGCAAGCCGCAGGUCUGUACAAUAAUCACAAAUCCCGAGGCAUGCUUCUGCGGGUCUUGUGGUUACUGGGACUGGACGACGCGCACAACACCAUAUCCAAGGCCUUCGAGAAUUACAAGGGUGACUUGGUCAUUUGGUACUGGAUUACUCUCAUACCGCAGCUUCUUCUGUCUCUAUCUCAUCGAGAGGCGAAGCAGGCUCGAUCACUUCUACUCCGUCUCAGCAAGCUAUAUCCACAGGCCCUCUUUUACCACCUGCGCGUAACACGAGAAGACUUUGGUCACGUCAAAAGACAAACGCUAACUCAGCGCGCUGCCACUCGACGCGCGGCCGAAGGCUCAGGCAAGCCUCAAGAUGGCCAACCUGGGGCGUCCCCCAAAGUGGAGAAUGGGGACAACAAGGAGGAGAAAGCCAAUGGCGCCGAAGAUGGAUCGGCAGCGCAGACCAAUGGCGAGAACGCCAAUGGCCCGCAGGCUACCGCAGCGAAUGGCGCUAUUCAGCAAAACGGUCAACAGAUUGCCGGACGUCUGCCUUGGGAACUGGUGGACGAAAUCAUGAAUUCGCUCAAGACUCAAUUCCCGCUGUUGGCUCUGACAAUGGAAAAGAUGGUAGACCAGAUAUCCAUCCGGGCCAAGCCGUCUUCCGACGAGGAUAUUUAUCGAUUCUUCGCAGCGCUUCUUGCCGAUGCUCUCCAGCAAUGGGGUGGACGAAGCGGAAUCGUCAACGAUGAUGGAGAGUUGAACUCGAUGACGAAGGACAAUCUAACUAAAUUCUCGAACAACCUCUCGGGAGAUCUGAAAGCUGCUAUCGAGAAGGACUUCAUGGAGGACAUGCCGAAGCUAAGGGACUACAUCAAGCGGCUACAAUGGUGGCGAGACAUGUACGAAAAGAAUCUCGACUGCCGCCCUCGAGUUCAGCCUCUCGACCAAGGGGGAUGCAACCUCAUUGAGUUCCAUCGAACCAAAUUUGACGAUGUAGAGAUACCGGGUCAAUACCUUCAGCAUAUCGAUCCAGCCGAAGAGCUCAUCAAGAUUGCGCGAUUUUCACCCAGGGCGGAACUUGGCCGUGGGCAUGGUCACUGUUUCCGACGUAUCACCAUGAUCGGUUCCAAUGGCUCCAUGCACACGUUCAACGUUCAGAUGCCUGCCGCCCGACAUUGCCGACGGGAAGAGCGACUGACACAGCUGUUCCGCAUCAUGAAUAGUGUAUUGAAACGCCGAAAGGAAUCCCGACGUCGAAACAUCCAAUUCCACUUGCCGGUCGCCGUGGCCCUGGCCCCUCAACUCCGACUGGUGCAAAACGACUCCUCUUAUAUCAGCUUGCAGGACAUUUAUGACGAGUUCUGCUCAUCGAAAGGCAUGUCUCGCGAGGACAGCAUCAUGGCUUUCUAUGAUCGUGUUAAGCAGCUGCAUAACCCUGCCAUACCGAGGUCGGAUCCGAGGUACUAUCAGCUUAAGUCGGAGGUUAUGGAGGAAAUCCAGACCAAGAUGAUUCCCGAGACGAUUUUGACCAAUUACAUGAUCAAGACGAUGAACAGCUCAGAGAGUCUGUGGUUGAUGAGGAAGCAAUUUGCUAUGCAGACGGCAACGGUCAUGUUCCUGACUUUUGUCUGCUGUUUGAGCAAUCGAACGCCAAGUCGAUUCCACCUCAGCCGAAAGACUGGAUUGAUGUAUAUGACCGAGAUACUACCUGCAUUCGCACACGGGCAUCCCAUCAUCGCAUCCAACGAGACUGUACCAUUCCGACUCACACCCAACAUGCAGAACUUCAUCACUCGAGUCGGAAUCGAAGGAGUCAUCACAGCCGCUGCGACGGCCAUCGGCCGAUCCCUGACCAUGCCCGAGUUUGACCUCGGCGGGACAUUGUCACUCUUCAUCCGAGACGAGAUCCUGAUCUGGCAUAACACGUACAUGAAAGAACCCCGACAGGAGCUAUCUCUUACAGUCCAAGUGGAGAAGAACGUUGAGCACUUCAUUCGCCGCGCGACUAUGUUAGGCUUCAUUGGUGAUAGCAAAGAAAAGCCGAACAGCCCGUCCGACCACUACCACGCCAUUGUGACCUUGAUUUCUCAAGCCACCUCUCCCAAUCAUCUCGCUCAGAUGCCCGAAAACUUUGUAGCGUGGUUCUAGAACUCGAAGAGCCAAGACUGAACGAUUGUACGCAUAUACUAUAUUUCCGCGAACCCAUCAUGAAAUGAACAUUGCUUGACCUGUAAAUAGAUUGACUGACGAAAGAAAAAGGAGAC